GAAGUAUGAAUUUAUCACAACACUCCCCUUCAUUUCUGGAAGUCCGACAGGGUCACUUCUUGAUGAUUCAGCAGAGCUCAUUGCAGUACUGGUACUUCUGACGUCUCAGCUUCUUGGUGAGAAAAUCUGCAGCUAUUUCAUUGGUCGAACAGUAGACCAAUCACAUUCUCCCCUUCUCGACUUCAUCCUUAACGAAAAAAUAUCGUAGUGAAAUGUGUUUCGUCUUGUUGGCGAGGCGAGGCUGGUGCGCGAUUUGAUUGCACUCUGAUUGUCGCACUGCAAGAUGAACUGUGUACUUGUCGUCAAUUUUGCUUCCUCCAGUAGCUCUUGCAGGUAGAGUCCUUCGCGAGUAGCUGUGCAAGGAGCUAUAAACUUGACUUCAGCAGUUGAUAGGGCUAUGCGUUCUUGCUUUGUAGAAUUCCAGGAGAUGGUCACGAUAGGUUCGAGACAAUUAGAAGUAUUUGCUGCGUGAUCAGCAUCAAAAUAUCCGGUAAGAUAAAGAGUUUUCGUAGUGACAACUUGAUAGGUAUGUUCGACUUCAGGCAUUGAAGUAAAAUACUGUAGGGCGCGUAGAAGUUCUAGCCAAUUGUUCCCCUCAUGUCGACGCAGAUAUUGAGCGAGCUGGCUAGCAAAAUAGGAGAGAUCCGGACGACACGUUACGGCUGCGAAUAAGAGACAACCUAAUUGCUGCUGAUAGAGCUGAUGUUCAGUGCUGUCAAGCGGAGCUGUAUCGGGUUUGUAAUCCAUAUGCAGAGAGCGGUAAGGCGUAGUGACUGUCGAGGGUGUGAGAUUAAACUGCACGGCUAGUGUAGCAGCAUACUUUGAAGCAGUACGAUGAAUAGCAGUUGGUGUGCGGUGAAUUUUUAGUCCAAGAAACUGUGUGGAAGUAGUUGUAAUGGUGAUCUGUAGGUGUUGUUGAAAUUUCUGUUCGAAGGCAGUAGCGAGAGAAUCAAUGGUGCUAACGUAGAGCAAAGUGUCAACAUAAGCGACGAGAAGAAUGUAUCCAGGGCCGUCGAUAAGUAAAUACAUGCCUUGAUUGUGCGGUAGCUGUCGAAACCCGGCAGCAAGUAAAUGAGCAUGAAGAUACUGCUGUCACUGGCGUGGAGCCUGUUUAGUGUCGUAGAGAGACUUUCUGAGACGGCAGACGCUUGGAGGGUAAGUUACGUAAGAAUGCGGGUACUCAACCAGAAUUAAUGCGUGGAUGGGUGCAUAUAGAAAUGCAUUGGCGACGUUGAUUUGGCGACGUCGAUUUGGCGAAGUCUGAAAUUCUAGCAGGCUGCGAAGCAUAGUAAGAUGCGGACACUAGUGUGUCCGCCGACAGGAGCAAAUGUUAGCUCGUAGUUGAGUCCAAAAGUUUGCUCAAAGUAUCGGACAACCCAUCGCGCCUUGAUUUUCUCUAAGGAACCAUCAGCGUUCGUCUUCACACGAAAAACUCAUUUGCCGGUAAAUACCUUACUCCCCUUGACUUCUUUAAGUGAGAUUUUAUCCCAUGUACCUCACUUUUCCAGAGCCCUGAACUCCUGGUCCAUGGCUUCCCGCCAUUUUUCCCUGUGUGGACUGCUCAAAUCUUGGCGAACAGUUUUCAUCUCUGAAAUCUUAUUGAUGUUCGACUGUGCUGCAACUGCGAGUCCCAAAACUUGUAAUCCUGUUUCUGUAAAACGAGGACGAUUGGAGUUGACACCGGAGAAAUUGUCUUCUGACCCCUGUUCCCCCCCAAUUUUGCCAGGUGUCACACGGAUAGCUGGUUUGGAGACACCGGGCAUUGGCUGCUGCUAAGGAUCAUGUUAGCAAUCAAGAAUAAUGUCUCGGACGUCUUCAGAAGCAGCUUCGCUGAGUGGGAUGAAUUCAGCGGUUCCGGCUGACGUGGCUGGCAUGGGGAUGUUUGUGGCAGCUGCUUCAAAAUUGUCGGCAACUGCUUCAUCCUGUGCAUCUGUCUCAGCUUCACUGCGAGCCUUCAAACAACCUGACAGGGUUCGCAGAUGCUUCCUGGGACCCUCGGCGUUUGAUGCAUAGGGUUUGAAGAUACUCACUGCACGUGUUACUGGUAUACUCUCCUGCUCCGUCACUUUGAAAUUCUUGGAGCUUCUCCUUCGACUCUCUCUCAGCAACUGCAAGCCAUGCGACGAAAAUGGAGUGAGCCAUAUGGCGAGCUGGGAUGUUGACAGUCCAAAUGUAGCGAGUACAAGCUUUGAUAAAAGUAUAUUAUAUAGAGUUCCCCCUUAGGCCCAGCUUCAGGUAAGUUCAGGAUGUCACUGUAGACUGUCUGCAUAAGCGUGUAGCAAAUCGAUCCUGGAAAGUGACUUGAAACGGGUUCAUGUAGCUGAUUAGCAGUGGUACACAUGGUGCAGACGGUCAGGCGGGAUGACAGCUUUAUCUCUUUUCCAUCAGGUAAGAGUAAACUGUUCUUGUCAAU